ACUACACUACAACCUUGUUAAUUUUUCCUUCCUUCCUCAUUGCUUAUACCUUCCUUAUACGCGAUGGCACUGAAUUCAUUCACACCACUUUCAAUCAAUUCUCACCAUGUUUCUUGUUACCCUUCAAGUUCCAAGGUUUCAAAGUCCUCUCAAGUUAUUUGCAAAAUGAGCUUAAACAAUGAUCAUCCUCAAGAGUCCAACAAGAACUGGGGGAAACUUGUUUCGGCCACGUUGGCAGCUGCUGUUAUUGUUUUCAGCUCUGACAUGUCUGCCCUUGCUGAUCUUAACAAAUUUGAAGCUGAAGUCAGGGGUGAAUUUGGUAUUGGAUCAGCUGCCCAAUUUGGAUCAGCAGACCUCAAGAAAACAGUGCACGUGAAUGAAAAUUUCAGAAGAGCCAAUUUCACAUCUGCUGAUAUGAGAGAAUCAGAUUUUAGCGGUUCUACUUUCAAUGGUGCAUACAUGGAGAAAGCUGUUGCAUUCAAAGCAAAUUUUACAGGUGCUGAUUUGAGUGAUACAUUGAUGGAUCGCAUGGUUCUUAAUGAAGCCAAUCUUACGAAUGCCAUUCUUUCUAGAACAGUCCUCACGCGGAGUGACCUUGGAGGCGCCAUCAUUGAAGGCGCUGAUUUUAGUGAUGCCGUGUUGGACCUUCCCCAAAAACUGGCUUUAUGCAAGUAUGCUAGUGGCACAAAUCCUGUAACAGGAGUAAGCACAAGAGUGAGUUUAGGUUGCGGAAACAAACGACGAAAUGCUUAUGGCACCCCAUCAUCUCCAUUGUUGAGUGCUCCACCACAGAAACUACUAGACCGGGAUGGUUUCUGUGAUGAAGCAUCAGGCCUUUGCGACUCGAAAUAGUUACCUGGAGUAAUGAUUGCCAUCAGACCAUAUUCUUGUACAUAUAUCAGGGACAAAAAUUGAGGCUAUUUGUGAUCUUUGGACUUCUAAGAGCAUAAUUGCAUUGAACAAAUGAAGCACUUUCUUGAACUACCCUAUUUGUUUGUGUUGGGUAUUUUGGUCUCAGUUUAGAGCCAGAAACUAUUUAGUGAAGUCAUCUUUCUCCCAUGUAAGAUCUACUUCCUCAUUUGCUGGAUAUAGAAUCACGCUCCUUGUUUUGGUCAUGAUUUCUCAUUGAAAUAUAUGACAAAACUUUCAUGAUCUUUGAAGAUCAAUUUCUUGUUUGAAUCUGUGUGUGGAUCUUCGUUUUAGGCAAUUGUAAAUCUAUAGCGAAAUAGAUAACUUUUACAUGUUAUUUAUGAUAUUGCGAAAAAGAAAUAAAUAUAUUCCAUACA